AUGACGACCUCAUUACUGGAUCUGAACUCAAUUCGCUCAGUUCUCGUUAGAUUGGAGGAAACAAUCAUCUUCAAUUUAAUAGAGAGAGCUCAGUUUAGUCAUAACGAGCGUUGUUAUCAACCAGGUGCAUUUGCUGAGGAGUUACCAGAUUGGAAAGGGAGCUGGCUUGACUGGAUUCUCUUGGGCACAGAGGAAUUUCAAGCUAAAGCUAGACGCUAUCAAAGUCCGGAUGAAUACCCGUUCAGCAACCCUAAAGACCUUCCUGAACCGGUACUUCCACCUCUUGAAUAUGAGAAAAUAUUGCAUGAGCCAGCUAUUAUAAACGUAAAUGAUAAAAUAUUAAAGUUCUACACUCAAGAUAUCGUGCCUUCGAUCACUAAACCAGCUGAUGAUUUGAAUUAUGGAUCGACAGCAACAAGGGACGUAGAAACCCUCCAAGCAGUAUCUAGAAGAGUACACUAUGGUAUGUUUGUCUCUGAGAGUAAAUACAGGGAGAAUGUCGAGGUAUUCAACGAGGCGAUCAGAGCUAAAGAUGUCAAGACAUUGGAAUCGCUGAUCACGAAACCAGAGGUAGAAGCAGCAUUGCUCAAAAGAUUAGAGAGGAAAGCAAGGCAUUACGGACAGGAUGAUACUGAAAAUGGUAGCAGACAUGAUAUGAAGGUAGAUCCAGAGGUUGUCGUUAGAAUGUACAAGGAUCAUGUCAUACCGCUCACGAAAGUGGUCGAGGUGAGUGAUAUCGAUUUCGCUCAAACAUUUAAUUAA